AUGUUACAGAUAACUUAAAAGCUAAUCAAAAAUUAUUUAGACUUAAUGACAGCCUCUCCGAAAAUUCAAUUAUGGGACUCAUUAUUUAAAGGUGCACUUCUAUUUUAAUUUAUUUUAAGAACGCGCUUCAUUUUCCCUAAAGAUGGAUGGAAUGUUUGGAAAUAUUCAGAUUUCAAAUUAAAUGUUCCUUACAUCUUGUUAUCAUAUUUAUAUUAUGAGAUUUCAGACCCUAUUAAAAUAAUAUUAAUAUUAGCCAACAUUAGUAUAUUCAUCCUAAGCUUUUAUAGAGUUUAAUUAGUAUUUUAUUACAAUAACUUAUUAUGGAAAAUAUUUUAUAUACCCCAGGUAGCAAUGUUUGCUUACCUAUCUGGAAGCAUUGAACUUUCAAUAAUUGGGGUAAUAAUUCUCUUUUUUAUUUUAACUUUUAAUUUAUAUUUUAAUAGAUCCACAAAAUUUAUUCAUAGUAAUCCAUUUAUCAGAAAAUUUACAUAACUUACUAUAAUUAAUAUUUUACUGGAUACAAUCUGUUUUAUUGACUUAGAAUUUCAUUUGCUAUAAUAGAUUAUGUUAAUUUUUUAAGGAUUAGCAUUAUGCUUGGACGUAAUUAUAUUUAAACCUUACCGAUUAUAAUAUAAUAAAUUAGCAUUUUAAUAUAAUUUUUUAUAUUGUGCUAUUGUGUUUAUAAAUUCAAUUUCAUUGAUAACUAAAUCAGAAGAAAAUAUGUUCUACUUUACGAUUAUUUUUGGAACUCUUGCUUAUGCUUUGUCUGAUGAAUUAUAUGAUAGAAAAGCAGAUAUAGAUUCUUCAAAUUAAUUUUAGAUAUUAAUUUAAUGUUAAGAAUUUUAUCAUUAGGAAAAUAUAUUGCAUUACAUUAAAAUAAUAUAACAUAAAAAGAGUUGUAAAAUAUCACACAAAACCUAGAAUAAGAUUGAUAUUGUAAUUUGUUAAUUAGAAAAUAAAAUAGCUCUGAAUAAAAAGCUAAAAUAAGAUUAUGAAAUAUUGGAAUUAGCAUUAAUUCAUUUUCUUUGUAUACAUAAGGCACCAUUAACAGCUUUAUGUAGAUUGAAGCAAUAUUACAAUAUAUAUAAGGAUCAUUCUAUAUUUUUUAAAAUAACAUUUCCUAAUUUGCAUCAUUAAUUAUGGUCUUCAGUGAAAAAGGUUUAAGAAAAUAUUAAUUAAACAAUGAAAGCUGGAUCAUAUCAUGAUGAUAGAAUACUAUCAACACGAGAUAUCUAUGAAGCAAUUUAAAUAAGAGAUAAAUCAAUUCCAUUAAUAAUUAGCACAAUAGAUUUUAAAUUAAAUUACUGGAGAUAAUUAAUUUCAUUAAUUAACAAUUUUUAGAAACUUUUUUAAACUACUGAAAUAUUAAGUAAGAAAAUUGUUGAAUGUAAAAAACAGCUAGAAUAAUUGUAUAAAUGUAAAGAUUUAGAAGAAAUUGAAUAACCUAGAACAGUUAUUGAAGUUAUUAUUUUAAUAAUAUAUUAUGCAAUAAUAGCAAAUGAUUAUUAAUAAGCAAUUAAAAUGCAAAAAGUAAUGAAUGAUAUUUUAAAAACUGAGAGCUUAGCUGAAGGUAAAUUGUUAAAUGGAAAUAUUAUGGAUGAUAAAAUUUGUUUAUUAUAUUCUAGCAUAGUUAAAUAAUAAGGAUAAAUUGUUAAAAUCAAUUCUUAAUAAAUAGCUUAAUUUUGGGGUUAUGAAAAUGAAAUGGAUUUUAGAGAUAUUAAACAUAUAAAUUAGUUAAUGCCUGAUUUUUUAGCAUUAGUACAUGAUUAAUAUUUAGAUAGAUUUAAAAAAUUAGGUCAUAGUAUUUUAUUUGGAAAGAGUAGGACUGUUUUUUUGAAAGGAAAAAAUAAUUUUUUUAUUCCUGCUGAUAUAACUAUUGAUAAUUUUUUUAUAAGUUAUGAUGAUUAUAUAAUAACAGCAGCUUUUGCAAAAACUAAAGAAAAGUGUUUAUUUUUACUGUUUGAUUCUAAAGGAAGAAUAUUAGGUGUUAAUAAUUUAAUGUUUAAACUUUUAACUUCAAUAGAUAAGUCUGUUACAUAAGAUUAAUUAACUUAAGGAUAUAUAUUCUAGCUUAUACCAAAAAUAUUUAUUUUGAUUAAUGCAUAUAAAAACCAGGAUUCAGAUAUUAAUCAAGAAAAUAACAUAUAAUUAAAAAUUGGUAAUCCAAUAAGAGGAUAAUUUUCAAAAUUAAUGCAAAGUUCAAAAGGCAAAAGUAAACAUUAAAUGUAUUAUGCAGGCAUAUGGACUACUUUUGAUACACAUGAUUACUGUUAAGCUGGAAAGGAGCCUUAAUUUAAUUUUGAAAUUAAUUCUUAAGAAUAAACAAAACCUGAUUGCGAACUCUUUGAUGAAGGUUAUUAAGAAAGAAUGCUUUAAUUUAUAGAUGAUUCAAUUUAAACAAUUAAUUAUAAAAUUAAUUGUUAUUUAGAAUAUUUAGUCCUUGGAUAUUAUAAAGCUAUCCCUUUAUUUACAUUAGAAAUAAAUGAUAUAAUUAUUUAAACAACAAAAGAAGAUGAUGAAGAUAUUAAUUCAGAAGAUAUGCUCAAUAAUAUAGAGUUAUCUGAUUUAGAUAAAUCAAGCCAUCUUGUUUUAAGCUCAAUUCAAGAUGAAAGCUUUUAAAAAGUUAAAAUUGAAGAGAAUGAAAAAUUAUAAUAAUAUCCAGAAGUAUCCUUAAUUAGAGGUAGAUAUGAUUAAUCCUUUUUUGAUUAAUUAUAAGAUUCUUCAAGACAAAUUUUAGCUCCUUUUUCUUAAAGAGCCACAUUUAAUCUUAUUAAACAUAAAAGUAUAAACGAUGAUUCUAAGUAUUUGGAAGAAGAUUUUAAAAUUAUUAAAUAAUAGUAAGAAAUUAGUUAUGAUUAAAAGAAUGUUGAACUGUAAUAAUAUUCUAAACAUAAAACUGUUUUAGAUUAAUUAUAAGAAUAGAAAUCUUCGGAAGAUAAAAACUAUUAAGUUAAUUGUUAAAAAGAUAUUUAAGCUGUUAAUUCAGUUGGAUCAAUCGCUAGAAGAUCUAAAAAUCAUCAUCAUGAAUUAUUGAAGUAAAAAUCUCGUUCAAAAGUGAUGCCAAUUUAAUUAAGUUUAAUUUUAUUGAUCGAUCUAUUAAUAGUGUUAAGCAUAAUUAUAUUUAAUAUUUUCCUAAUCUUUACUCUUUAUUAAAAAAAAUAAAAUAGUCAUAAUUUACUAAUUGAACUAUAGGCACCAUAUUUAUACAAUAGUUAUUAUUGCGAAUUAACUUCUCAUGACUUAAUUUAUAAAUUAGCAGAAAUUAAAAAUAUUGAAUUUAGUGAAGAUUUACUUAAUACUAUAAAAAGUAGAUUUAAUAAAAUUCAAUAUUUAUAAAAUAUGUCUAAAUUUUAUGAGGUAUUUUCACAAAUUGAAGAAGAAGAUGAUAUAUUGAACUAAAAUAUUUCUUUACAUUAUAUUGAUUCAAAAGAUAAUAAUAAUAUGACUUUUACUUACUUUUACAAUUAAAUUACAAUAUUUUUUAAUAUAAUAAUCCAAUUCUAUUAAGAAUACAAUGUUAAAAAUUUUGAUGAUUAUUUCUUUUAGCAAUCCUUAUUUUAAACAUUAAAUUUAAAUGACAGUUCACAACUUUUUAGACUAUUGUUGCGACAAUUAAUUGAUAAAUUUUACGAUGAUAUAGAUAAAAAUGAUGAAUUCAUUAUUAAUUUAUUUAUCAUUUAAACUAUUUUAUAGUUUUCUCUGAUAUUGAUUUAAUUUUUUAUCUUAUUAAACCUUUUAAAAAUUUAUCGAAAGAUAAUUAAUUUGAAUUGUAGAUUAUAUGAAAAGGAUGUAUUUAUAGUUAUAUAGAGAUUGCAAACAGCUUAAGAAAUAUUACGAGAUAAGUAUUCUUAAAAUUGGAAAAAGGCUGAUUACAUUCAACUUGUUUACUAACCCUUAAAUGAAUAACAAACUGAAAAUGUUAAAAAUGGAAAAUAAAAUAAGUCUACUUUAUUGUCUUCUCGAUUAUAGCAGUAAACCUUUAAUAUUUAUACAACAUCAGCAUUUUUGCUCUUUCUUUUAUUAAUUAUUUUGUUAAUUAACAUAGGGGGGUUCUUAUUAAAUUCUUAGAAAUAAAAAUUGCUAAAACCAUCUUUUUUAUUAACAGCAGAAUUUCAUCAUUUUACAUUAUAAGUAGAUUCUAUUGUGAGCAAUGCUAUGCAAGUAAAAAGUUAGAACAUAAUCUUAAGUAAUAAUACGUUGACAAAUAAAGUAAAUUAAAAAAUUUUAGCUUAAGCCAUAAAUUAAUUUCAAGUUGAAAAAUAUCAGAAUUUAAGUUAUUUUAGAAAAUUGGUUAAAUCUUUUCAAUAAAGUUAAAUUUAGAUGAUAUCAAUUCUCAUCAAAGAUCCUAAUAUUAAUCCUUCUAGGGCUGGAAUUUUGAAUGAUUUAUUUUUCCAAGAUUUGUGUCCAAAAUAUUGUCCAAAUUCUAGUAACGUAAAGGAUAAUUGCACAUAUCUUUAUAAUAAAGGAUUGAUAGGGAUUUACACAAAAAUGUCAAAUUUCAUAACAACAUCAUAUAGUUACGAAUUGGAAGAAGAAAGAAUAGAUCCUGAUUUUUUAGCUUCUAUGUAGAUUUUGAAUUCAGUUGAUUUUAAUUAAAUUUUUGGAAGGUAUUACACCAAUACAAAAUUAGCUUUUGAAGAAUUCGGAAAUGAAAUUUUGGAUCUUACAAAGGAAUAAAUAGAAGAGAAUUAUGAAGUGAUACUUAUUUAUUAUUCAAUAACUGGUUGGUUUACUUUAUUUAUUGUAGGAUUAGCCUUAAUUUAUUUUGCAAAAAUGUAGUAGUAACAAAUGAACCUGCUAAGGUUAUCCUUAACAGUAAUACCCAUAGAAUUGAUUGAUUAAUAAGCAAUUAAUAUUCUUCGUUAAAUAUGA